CCCCUUGGUCCGGCCACGGGGGACACUUCAGAGCACAACUGAAGGACGCAGAAGGAGGACACGGACCACUGCACCACAACCUGGCAACAUGAAACUGGAGGAGCCUGUACCGCUGCUGCUGGGUGCCAUCUUUCUGCUCGUUCUCCCGUCGUCCUCUACCACCCACCAUGAACCAGAUGAUUCCAAGCUCCUCCAGGUCACCAUCCCCACCGCCCCCCCUGUGUUUGCCACCCUGGGGGGUUCCCUGACUCUGCCCUGUCUGGUGUCUCUGGCCCACCCCCCACCAUCUCCCUCUUCCGCUGCCGGCCGCCACGCGGUCCUGUCCCUGCCUCGGGUCAAAUGGAGCGUGCUGACCCACGGCCGUGAAGCGGAGAUCCUGGUCGCCCGCGGCGACAGGGUGAGAGUCAGCGAGGCCUAUAAGGAGCGGGCGUCGCUGCUGAACUACGCCCGCUCCCCAGCUGACCUCACCCUGCGUCUGGAGGAGCUGAGGCACAACGACACCGGCUUCUACCGCUGUGAGGUCCAGCAGGGCCUGGAGGACGCUGACGAUGUGGUCCAGGUCAAGGUCAGAGGGGUGGUGUUUCACUAUCGUGAUGCUUCGAGCCGCUACGCCUUUACGUUUGACCAAGCCAGAGAAGCGUGCCAGGACAUCGGCGCUGGUAUUGCCAGUCCGGAGCAGCUGACGGCCGCGUACCACAGCGGCUACGAACAGUGUGACGCAGGCUGGCUGUCGGACCGCUCAGUCCGAUACCCCAUCCAGAUGCCAAGGGAGGGCUGUUUUGGGGACAUGGACGGACUACCUGGAGUGAGGAACUAUGGGCUGUUGGAACCUGAUGAGCUGUAUGACGUCUACUGCUAUGUGGAGAGCACCGACGGUGAAGUGUUCCAUGGGUGGACGCCUCAGCAUUUUACCUUUGGGGAGGCCAAGUCCUACUGUCUGAGUCUGGGGGCAGAGCUGGCCACCACGGCUCAGCUGUACGCAGCGUGGAACGACGGUCUGAACCACUGCAGCCCGGGGUGGCUGGCGGACGGAAGCGUGCGCUACCCGAUCGUUACCCCGAGAGAGCGCUGUGGAGGGGGGGAGCCUGGAGUCAGAACAGUUUAUCGCUUCAGUAAUCAGACGGGCUUCCCCGAGGCCAAUACUCGACAUGAUGUCUACUGUUUCAAAAGAGAUAAUGGACAUUUUACAGAAUCUCCUCAGGACCUUCCUUCUACAGAGCCUGAAGACAUCGGUCAGGAUGUGGUUUUCUUGACGAACCCUGCAGAGGAGGAGGAGGAGGUGACGUCACAGCAGAGCAGAGAGGCCCAUCACACAGAGGAGGUUUUAAAGCAGGCUUUGAACCCAGUGGUGAAGGCCAGCGUUCCCCGUUCCCAUCAGCCGUCCACAGACACACAUGACGAAGAGUCUCAGAAACACUUCUCUUCCUCUGUAGAAGAUACAACUGUCAGUGUGGUUGACUCCACCGAGGAGAAGAUGACAGAUGAGGAGCUGCAUCACAUGACUGACAGACCGACACCAGAUCCCACCUCAGAUCUGCGUUUGAACCAAGGCUCUGACGUCCAGCCCAGCAGCUCCUCUGAGGGUUCUGAUCCUCCAGAAGAGGCCCAGAUGUUCGUGGUGACUCCUUCAGCUCACACCACUGAGGAACCAGAGCACACCUGCACCUGCACCACAGCCUCACCUGACUUCUACAACACUGUACCUGAAGACCAGCACAGCGAGGAGUCUGGAGAGGAGAGCGUCAACCCUCUGCCUGAGGACCACACACACAAGGAGCCCACUGGGAACCCAUCUGGACCUGGACCCACUGGGAACCCAUCUGGACCUGGACCCACCGGGAACCCAUCUGGACCUGGACCCACCGGGAACCCAUCUGGACCUGAACCCACUGGGAACCCAUCUGGACCUGGACCCACUGGGAACCCAUCUGGACCUGGACCCACCGGGAACCCAUCUGGACCUGAACCCACUGGGAACCCAUCUGGACCUGGACCCACCGGGAACCCAUCUGGACCUGAACCCACUGGGAACCCAUCUGGAUCUGGACCCACUGGGAACCCAUCUGGACCUGGACCGACCACGGAACAAAAUUUUCCUGAUGCUCCAGAGCACUCAGGGGUGGGACUCAGUGAGGACUCCCAUGGCCCCCCAGAGUCCAGCAGACCCACUGACCCUGAAGACCCGCCUCCACACACAGCCACACACUCUCAUUUGUCCGUGACCGGUCAUGUGACCACGCUGACGUCCCCUGUGUCUGUCACUCUGGCGCCCCCUGCUGUCCAAGCCUCUUCCCCUGAAAGCACAGAGUCCAUGGGAGCCGUCCAGGACCAGCUGGAGCAGGAGGGACCGGGACAGAGCCCAGACUUACAGGUCCGAACGAGCCAGAACCCAAACGGGAGCGGACACGACAACAGGGACGAAAACUCUGGAGAAUCAUCUGGAGACGAGUCCGAGGGGACGAAGGUGACUCCGUCCACAGAUCACACAUGUGAGAGCGAGGGCAGCGGUGGCACGCCUCCUGCAGAACACAACCAGGGCACACUGAGCCCACAGGUACACCACACACCUGGGUUGGAAGGCCCGCCCCCCUCCACCGCUGACAGUCCAAUCACUGAGUCUGACCCAGAGGACGCCGUCACAGAUGUCCACGAGAACGGCUCAGUGGCAGAGGAGCAUGAGCCUGGCCCCGCCCAUCCUUCUGGCCCCGCCCAUCCUUCAGGUAGAAGCUGCACCUGGUGUCCACUGGAGGACAGCUCAGAUCCGUCCCUCAGGACAGAUGAUGUCACAGCCGUCAUUUCCACCUCGUAUCCAGAGUCCUUUCAAAAAGAGGCGGAGCAGCAGGUGGAGCUGGCGGCGUCUGUGCCUGAGGUGGGGGUGUCGUCAGGACGACCAGGAGCCCCCUCAGACCUGUGUUUGCAGAACCCCUGUCUGAACGGAGGCACCUGUCUGGACGGUGGACCGACCACAUGCCUGUGUCUUCCUGGUUAUGGAGGACACCUGUGUCAGACAGACCUGGAGCUGUGUGAUCCAGGAUGGGACAAGUUUCAGGGCUUCUGUUACCGUCAUUUUUCCAAGCGUCAGAGUUGGGAUGCGGCCGAGCAGCACUGUCGGAUGUGUGGAGGACAUCUGAUCUCUGUGAUGACCCCGGAGGAGCAGGACUACAUUAACGACAAAUACAAAGAAUAUCAGUGGAUCGGACUCAAUGACAGAACCAUCGAAGGAGACUUCCGCUGGUCCGAUGGAAACCCUCUGCUGUAUGAGAACUGGUACAAAGGUCAACCCGACAGCUACUUCCUGUCCGGUGAGGACUGUGCGGUGAUGGUGUGGCAUGAUGAUGGCCGCUGGAGCGAUGUGCCCUGUAACUACCACCUGUCCUACACCUGCAAAAAGGGAGCCUCUUCCUGUUCUCAGCCGCCCACUGUUCCCCACGCAAAGGUGUUUGGGAAGACCCGUCUGCGAUACGAGACCGACACCAAGGUGCGAUACUACUGUGAGGAAGGUUAUGAGCAGAAACUCAACCCGGUGAUUAAAUGUCUGCCUGGUGGCCGGUGGGAGGAGCCACAAAUUACCUGCAUCCAAAAAAGAGUCCAUGUAAGGAAAGGUGCCUCUGUGACCCCUGUGACCUCUGUGACCCCUGUGACCCCUGUGACCUCUGUGACCUCAGUUCCGUCUCAGGAUGUGGACGUCAUGGACUCUGUGGAUGCGUCCACAGAGGGGGGGGGCAGCCCACCCUUCUGGGACAGUCAGUGGGAUGUCUAAACCUGCUGCGGUCAUUCCUUCUGUACCAUUCAUGUUUAAAUAAUAUCAAACCACAGUCAUAGAACGGUAC